AUGUCCAUUCUGGUGAAGCCGGUCAAACGAAAGCUACAUGAGUUAGAGGGAUUGGAGGAGCAAAAUAGAAGACGUUUCGCGCAAGGGCAUGAUGUGUACAACGCGACGCCCCUAAUCAGUGCUCGCAGCAUCGCGGGGGUUCUCUCCCAUGAUGAGUCCUUCUGCGUGACAGCUACAGAGCCCGAAACCCAGAGAGGUACAAACUCCAAUCGUACAUCGCAGGGCAGCCUGGAGAGGUCGUUCCAUACCAAUCGCAAAUUUACUCCGAACUCGUCCAUCGUUCUUAUCGGAAUCAGAGGCACGGGCAAAUCCAGUCUGGCGGUCAUCCUGGCAGCCACAUCGGGACGUCGCUUGAUAGACGCAGACCGAUACUUCCAGCAUGUGACGGGACACUCGCGCGCCACGUUCAAAAAAUCAUUCGGUCUGACAGAAUAUCGCCGUCAAGAUGCGAGGGUCAUGGAGUCGGUGUUGGCGGAACAUAGCGAGGGUUGGGUAAUUGUGUGCGGACCUGGAUUUAUGGAACGGAGUGGGCAGAUGCUGCUUAGAGAGUACGCAAAAACCCAUCCGGUGAUCCAUAUCGUUCGAGAUCCAGAGAGUAUUCAAUCUUACCUUAAAGCGUGGGAUUCGAACAAGAUCCGUCGCUUCCUGGAACUCUCUGGUCCGAUCUAUCGGGACUGUUCCAAUUUCGAAUUUUUCAAUAUCUCGGAAAGGACUAUCAGAGACGGACCUCAUACACUACUAGAUCUAGAGGUCAAUCAGCGGCAUCAACCCGUCACUCCUUUCUUGACGCUCAAACGGCUGCAGCGGGAUUUCCUCCGCUUCAUCGCAUUCGCUACUGGUGACCCCACCGAUCUGAGCAAUCAUCUGGCGUCGUUCCCCCUGUCAAUGCAGCCAGUCGAGACGCGAACGUUCACCUACGCAGUGAGCGUGCCGAUUUCUUCGUUCUUCGAGCGUGAUUUGGACAUCGAGGACUUGGAGUCCACUGCGGACGCAUUCGAGUUGAAGGUUGACGUGGGGAAGACAUCUACCGGAGACGAUCCAACCUAUGAAGACAGGAUCAGCCACAUCGUAGCCAUGAUCAGACGGAACAUAGUCGUGCCCCUGAUUUACCAUGUCGAUAGUAACCUCGGGUCCGGUGCGCAGCAAACGGAGGACCCACGCCGCCCAGCCGAGCAGUAUCUGAACUUAGUACAGCACGGCUUACGAUUAGCACCCGAGUUCCUGACCGUCGACCUUUCGUACGACAAUGCCCUUCUAAUGCAGAUAAUCUCCUCCAAAGGAUCAAGCAAAGUGAUCGGCCAUUACGCAGCUUUGGAAUCCCGCCCCGGAGGCUGGGACAACGCCGAGUUUCAGACGAUGUACGAACGAGCUCAACAGCUCGGCUGCGACAUGGUCCGAUUGACCCAGCCAGCAGCAUCAAUAGAGGACAAUUUCUCCGUCGAACGCUUCCGCCACCGCAUCACGUCCCUUCCAACACCAUCAUUACCUCUCAUCGCAUACAACUCCGGCUCCCUAGGCCGACUAUCAUGCUGCUUCAACCCAAUCCUAACCCCCGUCGUGCACCAGUCCCUCGCGCCCGAGAUCCACACCAAGGGACUACCGUGCAUCACGCUACGCGAGGCGCAAGGGGCCCUCUACACCUCAUUCGCGCUGGACCCCAUGCAGUUCUUCGUCUUCGGCGCAAACAUCACAUACAGCUUAUCCCCCGCGAUGCACAACGCCGCAUACAGAGCCUCCGGACUACCCCACACAUACAACCUCCACCAGUCGUCCUCGCUGCGCGGUCUCAACGAGCUGGUCGAGAACCCCCAUUUCGGAGGCACGAGCGUCAGUCUACCGUACAAGACAGAGGUCAUCCCACUCCUCCACUCGAUGUCGCCCCACGCGCGCGCCAUAGGGGCUGUCAACACUUUAAUUCCCAUCCGCAAAUUCACAGACACCACAGACACGGAGGGCUCGUCGCUGUACAUGGAGAAAAGCCGCGCGGGGCCGAUCAAGGCUCUCCACGGAGACAACACCGACUGGAUCGGCAUGUGCAACUGUUUCCGGAGGGGCCUCUCCCCAGCGAAUGCAAUCCGGCCUUCGUCUACAGGCGUGGUAAUCGGCGCAGGCGGCAUGGCUCGCGCAGCCGUAUACUCCAUGAUUCACCUGGGGGUGCAGAACAUUUUCGUCUGGAACCGCACGGUUGCCAAUGCGGAGAAACUCGCCUACCACUAUAACCGACAGAAUCUCCGCAGUACCAGCGCAAACGGGUCUUCAGAGGGCGCCAGAAUCCACAUCCUGCACUCGCUAGACGACCCCUGGCCAGAGAAGUACAAACAGCCAACCGUCAUCUGCUCCUGCAUCCCGCAGCACAGCAUUGGUAACCAGCCGGCGCCGAACUUUGAGAUCCCGUCGCAGUGGCUGGAGAGUCCCACUGGUGGAGUAGUCGUCGAGCUCGCCUACAAACCUCUCUACUCCCCUCUAAUCAAACAAAUGCGAGCCCUCUCGCACCGCGGCUGGGUCACCCUCGACGGGCUGGACGUGCUCCCGGAGCAAGGGUUCGCGCAGUUUGAGCUCUUCACUGGGCGGAGGGCUCCUAGGCGGUUGAUGCGGGCUGUUGUGCUGCAGGAGUAUAAGGGGGAGGAGGGGCAGUAUUUCCAGAGUGCCAUACAGAGCAGGUUGGAGAAUUUGGAUGGGCAGCCGACGUGA